UCUCAGAAAGUGGAAUAUCUUCUAAGAAUUCUGGCAUGUUUUCUGCCAAAAAUUCUACAUAUGAUUCACUGCGUAAAAUGUCAGGGAGGAUUACAGGACCCAGGAUUUUUGUGCCCAUAAUUCCAGCCCAGACAUUUAUUUUCCAACGUGUUUGAAAAUUUCUUAUCCGAGUAACAUGAGGAUUCUCGUCGCUCCACUCAUGCAUAUUAUGCAUGUUGAAAAUUCCUUCUCGUGUAAACAGCGAUUCAUCGCUAAAUAUUACACGAGACGGAAAGUCGACCAAUAGAACUAAUACUCCUACUGGUCGACGCGUACGUGGUGAGGCAUGCGGACCUCCCGCGAUGAUCGUAUAAAAGCGUUGAAGAGAUCGAUACUGUAACCAAUAAUCUUGCGAUUAUUGGCAGAAGAGCGACAUGGCAGCAUAUUCUAACGAAGAAUAUUACGACAUGCUGAUGGCACUCGGAGAGUGCCGCGGCGAAACUACCAUUGCUGCAAGAAGAUACACCGAACUGUAUCCUAACCGAGCAAGACAUCCAGCGGCCUCCGUUAUACUUGCGGCAGCUCAACGAAUUCGAGAAACUGGCAGCGUUUUGCCAAAGAAACGGGACACCGGGUGCAAUCGUCACGCCAGAAAUUUGAAACGGUUAUUUCUACUAUCGAGGAAGAACCCGAAACAAGUAUUCGGGUUGUUGCUUGAGAGCACGGAUUAUCAUAUUCCACUGUUCAAAGAACUCUGGCAGACGAAAAACUACACGCAUAUCAUUACACUCGUGUGCAAAACUUACGAGAACAGGAUUAUCAACAGAGAAGAAUGUUUUAUAAUCAAGAGAUCCGAGGAGGGAAUUAGAGUACUAAAAGAGCAAGCCAAGCAUAAUCAGGACACUACAACGAGAGCCAGCAAGUCAGCAGCACCGGAAGAAGCAGUCGAAAAAUGA